AUGCACUUUCGAGGAAAACAUAGGCACGAAAAACAACUUGUGCGUUUUCGUAUGAAACGUCGCAAAGCAUUUGCUCGUGUGCGAAAAAAAGCAAAAAGUCAAGAAUGUAUUAAAGGAGCAAGAAGUAGUGGAGGAUAUAGAUGUUAUUAG